AUGAAGAUUGAAGACGACAUACAGUCGCCAAAAGUCUGGACAGAUGUUAGGAGAAGACCAUUAGAGUUUGAGGUAAAUGAUAAGGUGUAUCUUAAGGGUUCACCCAUGAAAGGAGUUAUCGGGUUUGGUACGAAGGGGAAACUUAGUCCCUUGUAUAUUGGACCUUGUAGAAUAUCCAAGACAGUGGGCAAUGUGGCUUAUGAGUUGAAGAUACUCCAAGCGUUUGCAACGGUUCAUCCGGUAUUCCAUAUUUGUAUGUUCAAAAAGUGCUUGGUUGAUCCUUCAUUAAUUGUACCAACUGCGAAUGUUGGGAUACAGGAUAACUUUUCCUACGAAGAUAUUUUGGUUUCGAUUUCGGAUUCUGAAGUUUGCAAGCUUACGAAAAAGGAAAUUACAUUAGUCAAGGUCCUUUUGAGGAUCAAAUUGUUAUAA